AUGUCGAGUCAAUUGCCGUUGGCUCACUCUGCUUUUGUCUCCCCCAGCUUUUCUAGUGCCGAUGUUUUACCCUGCUUACCCUCUGCAAACUUACCCUCUGCAGUCUUACCCUCUUACCAUCAACAAGCUUACCCUCUGCAGGCUUACCCUCUGCAAGCUUACCCUCUGCAAACUUACCCUCUUCCAUCUGCAGGCAUACCCUCUGCAGGAUUUUGCAGUUUACCCUCUCUUACCCCUCAGCAAGCUUACCCUCUCAGGCUUACCCUCUGCAAGCUUACCCUCUGUCCUCUGCAGCUUACCCUCAAACAUACCCUCUGCAAGCUUACCUCAACAAGCUUACCCUCUGCAGGCUUACCCUCUACAAGCCUACCCUCUACCAUCUCCAGCAAACCCCUCUGCAGGCUUGCCCUCUUAGGCUUACCAUCUGCAAGUCCCUCUUCAGGCUUACUCUCUACAAACUUACCCUCUGCAGGCUUAUCCUCUACCCCCUCUGCCCUUACCGUCUUUACCCUCUGCAAGCCCUCUGCAGGCUUACCCUCGACAAAACACCUCACACUUACCCUCUGCAUGUUUUACCCUCUGCAGUCUUACCUCUUGCCCUCUGCAAGCUUACCCUCUACAAGCUUACCCUCUGCAGGCUUACCAUCUGCAAGCUUACCCUCUUCAGGCACCCUCUGCAAGCUUAUCCUCUGCCUUACCCUCUGCAAUCCUCUGCCCUUCUGCAAGUUACCCUCUGCAGGCUUACCUUCUGCAAGCUUACCCUCUGCAGGCUUACCCUCUACAAGCUUACCCUCUGCACGCUUACCCUCUGCAAGCUUACCCUCUGCAGGCUUACCCUCUGCAGGCUUGCCCUCUGCAAGCUUACCCUCAACAAGCUUACCCUCUGCAGGCUUACCCUCUGCAAGCCCCUCUUCUUCUUGCAAGCUUACCUCUGCAACCCCUCUACAAGCUUACCCUCUACACGCUUACCCUCUGCAAGCUUACCCUCUGCAGGCUUACCCUCAUCAGGCUUGCCCUCUGCAAGCUUACCCUCAACAAGCUUACCCUCUGCAGGCUUACCCUCUGCAAGCUUACCCUCUUCUGGCUUACCCUCUGCAAGCUUACCCUCUGCAGGCUUACUCUCUACAAGCAAGCAUCUACACCCCUCUGCACUUACCCUCUGCAGGCUUACCCUCUCCUUUCCAUGCAAGCUUACCCUCAACAAGGUUACCCUCUGCAAUCUUACCCUCUGCAGGCUUACCCUCUACAAGCUUACCCUCUACACGCUUACCCUCUGCAAGCUUACCCUCUGCAGGCUUAUCCUCAUCAGGCUUGCCCUCUGCAAGCUUACCCUCAACAAGGUUACCCUCUGCAGGCUUACCCUCUGCAAGCUUACCCUCUUCUGGCUUACCCUCUGCAGGCUUACCCUCUGCAAUUUACCCUCUGCAGGUUUACCCUCUGCAGGCUUACCCUCUGCAGGCUUACCCUCGGCAGGCUUGCCCUCUGCAAGCUUACCCUCAACAAGCUUACCCUCUGCAGGCUUAUCCUCUGCAAGCUUACAUUCUGCAAGCUUACCCUCUGCAGGCUUACCCUCCGCAAGCUUACCCUCUGCGAGCUUACCCUCUGCAGGCUUACCCUCUACAGGCUUACCUUCUGCAAGCUUACCCUCUGCCCAGGCUUACCCCUCCUACAAAACACCCUCUGCAGGCUUACCUCUGCGGCUUGCCCUUGCCCUCCCUCAACAAGCUUACCCUCUGCUUACCCUCUACAGGCUUACCCUACAAACACCUAUACACGCUUACCCUCUGCAGGCUUACCCUCUGCAGGCUUGCCCUCUGCCAGCUUAACCUCAACAAACUUGCCCUCUGCAAGCUUACCCCUCUGCAGGCUCCUCUCAAGCUUACCCUCUGCAGGAAACACCCUCUGCAGGCUGCUUACCAUCUACAUGCUUACCCUCUGGCUUAUCAUCUACAACCUUACCCUCUGCUUACCCUCUGCCCGCUUACCUCUGCAAGCCUACCCUCUACACCUUCUAAAGCUUACCUCUCUGCAGGCUUACCCUCUGCUUACCCUCUGCAGGCUUAUCCUCUACAAGCUUACCUUCUGCAAACUUACCCCUCUACAGGCUUACCCUCUGCAGGCUUACCCUCUGCAUCCCUCUGCAAAGCUUGCCUCUGCAGGCUUACCCUCUGCAAGCCUAAAACUUACCCUCUGCAAGCUUCCCUCUGCAGGCUUACCCUCUCUACUGCUUACGUUCUUAAAACACCCUCUGCAAGCUUACCUACAAUCUUACCCUCUACAAGCUUAUCCUCUGCAAGCUUACCCUCUGCAGGCUUACCCUCUGCAGUCUUACCCUCUACAAGCUUACCCUCUGCAAGCUUACCCUCUGCAAUCCCCUCUUCAAACACCCUCUGCAGUUUUACCCUGUGCAAGCUUACCCUCUGCAAGCUUACCCUCCAUACCCUCUGCAGGAUUACCCUCUGCAGUUUUACCCUCUGCAAGCUUACCCUCGGCAAGCUUACCCUCGUCAGGCUUACCCUCUGCAAGCUUACCCUCUACAAGCUUACCCUCUGCAGGCUUACUCUCUACAAACAUACCCUCUACCCCUCUGCAAGCCUACCCUCUGCAAACUUACCUUCUGCAAGCUUACCCUCUACAAGCCUACCCUCUGCUUACUUCACCUCUACAAGCUUACCCUCUGCAGGCUUGCCCUCUGCAAAAAAGCUUACCCUCUGCAGGCUUACCCCCAAGCUUACCCUCUUCAAACCUCUCUGCAAGCCCUCCACAGGCUUACCCUCUGCAGGCUUACCGUCUACAGGCUUACCCUCUGCAAGCUUAUCCUCUGCAGGCUUACCCUCGACAAGCUCACCCUCUACACGCUUACCCUCUGCAUGUUUACCCUCUGCAGUCUUACCCUCUGCAGGCUUGCCCUCUGCAAGCUUACCCGCAACAAGCUUACCCUCUGCAGGCUUACCAUCUGCAAGCUUACCCUCUUCAGGCUUACCCUCUGCAAGCUUAUCCUCUGCAGGCUUACCCUCUGCAUGCUUAUCCUCUGCAAGCUUACCUUCUGCAAGGUUACCCUCUGCAGGCUUACCUUCUGCAAGCUUACCCUCUGCAGGCUUACCCUCUACAAACCCCUCUGCACUUACCCUCUGCAAGGUUACCCUCUGCAGGCUUACCCUCAUCAGGCUUGCCUCUGCAAGCUUACCCUCAACAAACUCCCUCUGCAGGCACCCUCUGCAACUUACCCUCUGCAGGCUUACCCUCUGCAAGCUUACCCUCUGCACCCUCUACACUCCUCUACACUUGCCCUCUGCAAGCUUACCCUCUCAACAAGCUUACCCUCUGCAAGCUUAUCCUCAACAAAGCUUACCCUCUAAGCAAGCUUACCCUCUUCUGGCUUACCCUCUGCACGCUUACUCUCUACAAGCUUACCAUCUACUUACCCUCUGCACCCCUCUGCAGGCUUGCCCCUCUGCCCUCUGCAAUCUUACCUCUCUGCAGGCUUACCCUCUAGCUUACCCUCUACUGCACUUAUCCUCAUCAGGCUUGCCCUCUGCAAGCUUACCCCUCCAAGGUUACCCUCUGCAGGCUUACCUCUGCAAGCUUACCCUCUUCUGGCUUACCCUCUGGGCUUACCCUCUGCAAUUUUACCCUCUGCAGGUUUACCCCUCUGCAGGCUUACCCUCUGCAGGCUUACCCUCAACAGGCUUGCCCCUCUGCAGCUACCCUCAACAAGCUUACCCUCUGCAGGCUUAUCCUCUGCAAGCUUACAUUCUGCAAGCUUACCCUCUGCAGGCUUACCCCUCCACCAAGCUUACCCUCUGCGAGCUUACCCUCUGCAGGCUUACCCUCUACAGGCUUACCAUCUGCAAGCUUACCCUCUGCAGGCUUACCCUCUACAAGCUUACCCUCUGCAGGCUUACACUCUGCAGGCUUGCCCUCUGCAAGCUUACCCUCAACAAGCUUACCCUCUGCAGGCUUACCCUCUACAAGCUUACCCUAUACACGCUUACCCUCUGCAGGCUUACCCUCUGCAGGCUUGCCCUCUGCCAGCUUAACCUCAACAAGCUUACCCUCUGCAGCUUACCCUCUGCAGCACCUCUCCUUACCCUCUGCAACCCUCUGCAGGCUUACCCUCUACACACUUACCAUCUACAUACUUACCCUCUGCAGGCUUAUCAUCUGCACCUCCUUCUGCAGCCCCUACCUUCCUCUGCAGAGCCUACCCCUCUACAGGCUUACCUUCUACCAGCUUACCCUCUGCAGAGCUUACCCUCUGCUUACCCUCUGCAGGCUUACCCUCUGCAAGCUUACGUUCUUAAGGCUUACCCUCUGCAGGCUUACCCUCUGCAAGCUUACGUUCUUAAGGCUUACCCUCUGCAGGCGUACCCUCUGGGUACCCUCUGCAGCUUACCCUCUGUUCUUCUUAAGGCUUACCCUCUGCAGGCUUACCCUCUGCAAGCUUACGUUCUUAAAACACCCUCUGCACCCUCUACAAGCUUACCCUCUGCUAGUUUAACUUGUUGCGCCGUGACUUUUUUUUUAAUGUUCUGCUUGGCCAGUUAA